AUGAGUACAUCUUAUUUAAGCAAAGGCGCUGUUAGCGCUGGUGUUGGUUUACUACUCUAUGUUGGUUUAACUUAUAUGUUAACAAAUUAUGGUUUUCGAUUUGAUGUUGGCUGGUUUCUUCUAUCAAUUUCACCUUAUCAAUGGGCAUUAAUUGGUAUUGCUCUAGCUGUUUCAUUAUCUGUUCUUGGUGCUGCUUUAGGUAUUUUUGCAACGGGUGUAAGUAUAUUAGGUGGUGGUGUAAAAGCACCACGUAUUCGAACAAAAAAUCUUAUUUCAAUUAUAAUGUGUGAAGCUGUUGCUAUCUAUGGACUUAUAAUGGGUAUUGUUAUAUCUGGUUCGAUAUCUAGUUAUUCAACAACUAAAAUAGAAGAUUUAGCUCUUAAAUAUCGUGCUGGUUAUAAAUUAUUUGGCGCCGGUUUAUCUGUUGGUUUAUGUAAUUUAUUUUGUGGUAUUUGCGUUGGUCUUGUUGGAUCCGGUGCAGCUUUAGCUGAUGCUCAAAAUUCAUCAUUAUUUGUUCGUAUUCUUAUUAUUGAAAUAUUUGCUAGUGCAAUCGGUCUUUUUGGUCUUAUUGUUUCUAUACUUCAAUCAAAUGGAAGCAAUAUGUCCGAUUAA